AUGGAUGGAAUGAGCUGCCGCCGUCGCCGGCGCUACCCGCCUCGUCCACAUGAACGCAGUCGCAACAUGUCUUUUGACUCUGACGAGGACUCCUCCAGCGAGGCGCUGAACAACGAGCUCGAAAACAACACGGCCAACAAAGACCAAGACAAAGUCGAUCCCCUGUUUGGAUCCAAUCCCGAGGUCAAAGCGCUGUACUCGACGAGCAACCCACAAUGCAACUGUGCACCCCGCUGGUCAGAGCACGCUGAGGCUGCCGAGGAGGACCGGAUGCUCAAGAAGAUCGGUGCCCACUCGGCCAUCAUUCAGCGUUUCAAGCGCUCCAAGGAAGGCCAGUGGCAGACGUCAGCCAUUGAGGUGCAGAGCCCCCGCUUGAACCAUGUCCUGGAGGACGUCCUGAGAGACUACCCGGAUGUCGUCAUCCGCCCGAACGAGGCGACAAAGUUCAGCGCCCCAUUCAAGCCCUUCUUUCACCGAUGGCACCAACUUCUACAGCGUCAUGAACGCCAGGAGGAUGAGCAGACCAAAAUGGAAGUUUCCCUUCUCAUAAAUGCUCUCAAACCGACCUUGGAUCCGCUUUUCAGCAUCGCCAAUGACAUGCGCAGAACCAACGACGUCGACUUCGAUCAUCUAUGGACUCUGUACCCACCCGGUGAUCUGGUCGUCUUCAGGUGCGGCAAUGCCGUCACCAUCUUCCGCCUGCACGACCUAAGCCUGCUCACACCUCCAAACGACCCAAGGUUCUGGGUACUCGAGGUGCAGCAGAUCGAGUGGAAUGGAAGAUACUUUGGUGUCGUCCAAGGUCGCAUGAAAAUCGUCGAGGCAAAAACGCUACAGUUCGACAAGCUCUCCAUCCAACCGCUAUCGACACAGAGGGAUCAGGAUGUGAUCAAAAGGAGAUUUCUUUCCAAGGGCAAUCAGUACGUGAGCCUGUGCAGCCAAAAGUGCCUCACAAAGACGUACAAAGGCACCAAGUACGUUCUGAACUCGAAGUUGGAGACGGUUCGCGAGAAGCCCCUUUCCGGGAGAAUCGUGAUUGACCCUUUCGCCUUCUUUACCUGCCAAUCCAACAUUGCGCCGAAGCAUGCUCCUCUGAAUGACAAAAAGUCGGACGCCUUUUGCUCAGGCGACAAGGCCGUGUUUGAGAAGUCUAACCUUGAACAAGAAGGACCGAAUGAAGAGUUGGAGAUGAACAAAGUGAGAGGUGUCGAGAAUCGGCUUUUGUGCGUCGCAGAUCGAAUCAAAGGCUUCGAUCUUCGCAACAACGAAUGGUGUGAAUUCGACGUGGAUGACGUCUCAGACCCAACUUGGAACGAAAGUGCGUUGGAGCAGCUCGUUCUCCCCCAGGCCCAGAAGAAGCUGCUGCUUGCCUUUACGCAGCGCAACGAACUGGACCUUCCCGAUUUCGACGACGUGAUCUUGGACAAGGGGAAAGGGAUCAUCAUUCUCCUGGCCGGCCCUCCCGGUGUCGGUAAAACACUGACAGCAGAGUCCAUUUCGGAGCGCACUCGCGUGCCGCUGUACUCGCUCCGGGCAAGUGACUUGGGUACAGACUCUGAGCAGGUGGAGGCCACGUUGAAGGACUCUCUUGAAUGCUGCAAGCUGUGGAAUGCGGUGCUACUGAUCGACGAGGCCGACGUCUUCAUGGAGAAACGCAGCUCCGACAGGCUUGAGCAGAACGAGCUCGUCUCCAUCUUCCUCCGUAACCUCGAGUACUAUCAAGGAGUGAUGUUCCUGACGACCAACCGCGUCAGCUCCAUCGACGACGCCUUCCGCUCGCGCAUCGACCUCAUCCUCACGUACCCGGACCUUGAUCUUGCCGCUCGGGCGCAGAUUUGGUCGACUUUCGUAUCCAGACUUCCCCCAGCAAGUUGCAACCUCGAUGGCAUUGACUUUGACGAGCUCGCUCGCUCGGAGCUCAACGGGCGUGAUAUCAAGAAUGUGGUCAAGAUUGCUCGCUUCCUUGCGGCGUCUGAGAAGGAGCCACUUUCAAUGGAGCACUUGAGGACAAUUCUGGAUAUCAAGAAUGCCUCUUCUUGA